GUAUCAGCUACUUAACCUUUUGUGCGCAUGCUUCUCUCUCUCUUCUGUAACAAUCUCUCUCGAGCCCCUUUCACCGCCAGUGAGUGACAACAGAAGAGAAUCACAGUACUUAUAAUUUUUUUACACAACAAGUCUCUGUCUCUCUCUCUCUCUAAUCUCCUCCCCUUCAUCUCUCUUUCAAUCACUUCUCGUCACUAUCGUUUUGCUUUUGUCUCCUUUCACUUUUUUAUUCAUUCUAACUCCUCUCCCCCAAGUCCCAAUUGCGAAUAUUACCCGUUGAGUUCUCAAUUCUUGACUCAAAAAACUUUUUCCUUUCCUUCUUCCUAAAAAGCUAUAAAUGUAAUGAUUCUUCAGUUUCUUUCUUCUUCCACUGUACCAUUUGUCGUUUUCUUCAUUUCCAACUGUCUUCUUUCUUUCCUUAAUCUCGUAACUAAAAGCUAUAUUGAUAAUGUUGUAUUGGUGUUGUUGUACAUUCAUCAUCUCACUGAGAGAUUCCCCAAAAUUCACAAAAGCUGAGUGACUUUUUCUAUUAAAGAAUCAUUAUUUUGUUCUUUUUUUUCUGUGUGUCUUUGCUUCGUUCUUGAUUUUAUGAUAAAAGUCUUGGGAUUUUGAGGCAAUGUGUCUCCUUCAUUACAGUGUUUGAGAUCUCUCUGAACUUUUGUGGGUUUGUUAGGGUUUCUUUGUUUAUAGUCUUCUUGAUGACGGGUGAGUUACAGGAGACCACGGCGCCGUGUGCGGCCAUAACUGAGAAACGGCCUAGUCGUCUCGGUGGCUGCGUCGGUGUUUUCUUUCAGCUCUUUGAUUGGAACCGAAGAUUUGCUAAAAAGAAGCUCUUCUCUCGCAAAACCCUCCUUCCUGGGAAACAAGUUUCCAAGCGGUUUGGAGGCAAUGACAAAAUACUCAAAUCUAAGCUAAAUCUGAUUGAUGAUGAGAACAGAGGAAGUUUUCCAAAUCGGAAUGAAGUUGGGGAGAUUAAAAAGCAUGAUAUGAGAUCUCCUAGUUUAGUAGCACGUUUAAUGGGGCUUGAAUCAAUGCCAUCUAAUCAUAGAGACAAAGGGAAGAGUAAGAAGAAACUGAAGAUUCAAGAUAACGAUAGAUGUGAUUUGUUUGGUGGGUUAGGAGAAGAUGAUGAAGAAGAAGAGAAUGGUUUUGAUAAGUUAAGACCACAAAAGAUGCAAAGAACAGCAGGAGUUUGUGAUAGGCGUGUUGCGGUUAAGAAGUUUGGUUCUGAAGCGUUGCAGAUUAAGAACGUUUUGACUCGAGUUAGGAAACAUCAUCAGUAUAAUAAUAGCAGUCAUCAUCAGCAUCAGAAACUUGCUUCACCUGUUAGAAGCCCGAGGCUUAAUAGGAGGAGUUCUAGGUUAAUUGAUGCUGCUACUAGGAUUUUGGAACCUGGGAAGAGAAAUGCCAAAUGCGCUAUUGCUUAUCCUGGUUCUUCAGGUGUUAGAAGAUGUGACAAUGCAGCGAAAGAACUAGCUGAAGUUGUUGUUUUACCUGAGUUUCAACGUGGUUAUUAUAACAAUAGUGUUGCUUCUUGUAAAGCAUGUGGUAGCAGUUUGGUUGAUGUGAAUGGUUCAAGUUCUGUAGCUGAAGAAACAGUAAAGAACAUGCCAUGUGUGUCUGAAUCAUCUCCUUUUCAACGGAGUAAAAGAAAUGUGUUUUGGAGAAAUGAAGAAUCAUCAUCUGUCUCUCUUCCUGCUAAAGACAAUACACUACACCGCUCCCGAUAUGAUUUCAGUGGGAAGGUGUUGCAGAGGGAAAGGUUUCCUCCAGAAGCUAGAUGUUUUACCUUACAAAGCAAAAGAGGUUGUUCUUUACCUGCAAAUGCAAUAAACUGUAAAGAGAAGGACUUUAUAGCCAUGAGUAGAGCUUCACCUAGUAGGAAUCAUCACUCUGAUUUGAAGCUCCAGAAAAAAUUUGCUGAGGAGUCUUGUAAUAGAUCAGGAUUAAGUAGUCCAGCGCGGAAGAGAAGACUAGCUUGCGAUAGUGGUCACGAACGAGGAAGUAGCUUUAUGAGUCCAUUGCAGAGAAGAUCAGAUGGUGAGAGCUCUUGUGCAUGUAGUAAUGUCCCCAACGGUAGCAAUGAAACAGCAUUUUCUCCAUUGAAACCUGGUUGUUCCCCUCGUAGAAACUAUAGCCAAGGAUGUAGAAGCAAUGAGAGGAAACGUGUUCCACAUCAGAUGGGGGAAAGAAGUCCAAGAACAUUGUUUACGAGGCCACAUCUUGAUGUAGGUACUCUGGGGAUGAUUCAGCAAAAGUUGAAAGACUUGGCUUCUCAAGAAGAUGAUGAUAAUGCUGUGGGAGGAAGUGCUUUGCCCAAUAAACCAGCAUCUUUGAUCCUCCAUGAAUUGCUAUCUUCUUUAGCUUUGGAGCAGCGGUAUAAUAGAGAUAUCGAUAUGCCUUACGCAGACACAGCAUAUCGGAGGAAAUGCAAAACAACAUACAGUGAAUACACGAGCCCAGGUUCUGUACUUGAUGCAUCUUUCUCCAAUGAGAGUUGCUUUUCUAAUAGUUUUGACAAUAUCUCAGUUCCAGGACAGAUGAGGCUACCUCUAGAGGUUACAGAACCUGAUUGGGACAUUCUUGAAGACUCUGCGACUUCAUUCAAGAACUCAGAAAGCGGUAGUAAUUAUCAAGUGCUCGCCAAUCUUGUCAGCCAUAUCUCAAACGUCCUGCGCUGUUUAAGCAACACGGGUCUCAUUCUAACGCAGCAGAGAUUCACAGUUGCAAGAGAAGUCAUAAUCCACACUGAGCUAUUGGUUGGUACUACAACUACACAAGAAUACAUCAUCGGUCCAGAACUCUUCGAUGAACUCAUGAUCUACGCAGCUCGUUCUGAUCAUCUAGUCAAUCUCCCUGGACUAACCGGAGGGUUCCUUGUGGAUGCUAUGAUUGAACACUUGGAAACAAGAAACAUUUCUUGUGGAGGAUUAAAGCCUUUGAUUGCUAAACCUGACGAGUUGAUACGUAGUGUUCUUGAAGAAGUUCCAAAGUGGGGAAGUUUGGCUCGGAUUAGUACGGAUGACGUUAUUGGUAUCGAGAUGGAGAAAUGGAUGGAUGUUGAAACCCAUUUAUUUGGAGUCGAAUCAGAGAUUGCUUAUGAAAUACUUAAGUGUUUGGUGGGAGAGUUAACAACUGAUCUCUUCUAGAACCAACAACGAUCUAUUGUUUCGUCAAAAUAGUAUGUGUAAUUUCACCAUUCGUUAUGCUAUCCAACGAUACUGAUCAAUGUAUGUUUUUUUUUUAGCUUUUCUGAUAACUACGCAAAGUUGUAUCA